UGAGCUACAGUACUCUGCCUCUGCGAUUCACAAGGCCAGCUAGCGAUUAUGGGAAACUGGCUGUCCGGCUGGUCAUCUGACGGGUCAUCUGGCUAUUCAUCUGGCUGGUCAUCUGGUGGGUCUUCGGGGGUGCCCUCCGGGCCAGCGCACAAGCCAGAAGAGUCUACCCAGGCAAACCUCCAACCCAAUGAAAAAUGUCUGAAACAGAUUGGGGUGACCUCAGUGCCAUCGCACAAGCUAGAGGAGUAUAUCCAGGCAAAUCUCAAACCCUGCGAAGAAUCUCUGAAGCAGAUAGACCAGGAAGUGGAUGUCAUUUGUUGCCUGCUGCUCAUUAAGGAGUUCCCUGUGACAAGAGUGGCUAAGGGUGGCUCCUAUGGCCGGGAAACUGUCCUAAGAGGAUGCUCUGAUGGUACCCUUGUUCUGUUCAUGGGUGAUUUCCAGAAGUUCCAGGAUCAGAAGAAAUACCAAGAUAAACUCCUCGACUUGAUUGAACAACUGCUGAAAAGCCAGGAGAGAUACAAGAAGUCAGUAAAGCGUGGAGACACCCUGAUAGUACAAGUGUCUAAACCAGGGCAGAAUAUACUCUUGCAGUUACUUCCAGCCUUCGAUCCUCUGACCAAUCAUAGGCCUCCGCUGCAAGCAGCCUAUCUGGAUCUCAAAAAAUCCAUGGAUGCAGUAAGAGCAUCACCAGGGGAGUUCUCAGACUGCUUCACCACACUGCAGUGGCAGUUUUUCAAGAAAUAUCCCAGAAAACUGAAGGAUUUGAUCCUAUUGGUUAAGCACUGGUACCAACAGUGCCAGGAGAAAUGGAAAAUACCCCCACCUCAGCCAUUGCUGUAUGCACUGGAACUGCUCACUGUGUAUGCCUGGGAACAGGGCUGCCAAGCUGAAGACUUCGACAUGGCACAAGGUGUUAGGACCGUGCUGCAACUCAUCAGUCAGCAGACAAAGCUGUGUGUCUACUGGACGGUCAACUACAACUUUGAGGAUGAGACAAUCCGGAACAACCUUCUGUACCAGCUCAAUUCCCCAAGACCAGUCAUCUUGGAUCCAACUGACCCAACCAACAACGUGGGCAAAGAUGCUGAGUUCUGGCAGCUACUGGCAGAGGAAGCUCAGGACUGGCUACGCUCUCGCAGCCUGAAUGUGUCACCUGCACCAUAUUGGGAAGUUCUGCCCAUGCCACUUUUCAUCACCCCAAGCCAUUUACUGGACAAGUUCAUCUCUGACUUCCUCCAGCCAAACAAGGUCUUCCUAAAGCAGAUCAAAGAAGCUGUUAACAUUAUCUGUUCCUUCCUUAAAGAGAAGUGCUUCCAGAAUUCUGGCACCAAAGUCCUGAAGAUCAUCAAGGGAGGAUCCACUGCCAAAGGCACAGCUCUGAAGCAGGGAUCAGAUGCUGACAUCGUACUGUUCCUCAGCUCGCUGGAGAGUUAUGACUCUCUACAAGACAAGCGCUGCUGGUUCGUCCAGGAGAUCAAGGAGCAGUUAGAAGCCUACAAGCAGGCCCUUGAGGUGGAGGUGGAGUUUGAGAAAUCAAAAUGGAAGGCCCCCAGGGUGCUGAGUUUUACCUUGAAAUCCAAGAGUCUCGAUGAAAGUGUUGAGUUUGAUGUCCUUCCUGCCUGUGAUACACUAGGUCAACUGCGUUCUGACUCCACCUCCAGGACCUCCAGGACCAAAGCCUACAAGAAGCUGAUUGAGCUGUAUACAUCACAGGAUAUCCCUAAAGGAGGAGAGUUUUCAGUUUGUUUUACAGAGCUACAGAGAAACUUCAUUGAAACCCGGCCCACCAAACUGAAGGGUCUGAUCCGCCUGGUCAAGCACUGGUACAAACAGUAUGAAAGGAAGAUGAAGCCAAAAGCAUCUUUGCCCCCAAAGUACGCCCUGGAGCUGCUCACCGUGUAUGCCUGGGAGCAUGGCAGUGGCACAGAUGACUUCGAGACUGCUGAAGGCUUCCGGACCGUCCUGGACUUGGUCAUAAAAUACCGGCAGCUCUGCAUCUUCUGGACAGUCAAUUACAACUUCGAAGAGGAGUACAUUAGGAUGUUCCUACUGACCCAGAUCCAGAAAAAGAGGCCUGUGAUCCUGGAUCCAGCAGAUCCCACCGGCGACGUGGGAGGAGGUGACCGCUGGUGUUGGCAUCUUCUAGCUGAAGAAGCAAAGGAGUGGCUGUCUUCCCCCUGCUUCCAAGUGGGGGAAAAAAACCCUGUACAGCCGUGGAAAGUGCCAGUACCUAGAGAUCCAGAGACAAAUGACAUGGUGGGACUAGUCUCUCCAGGAGGGAUCUUGUGGCAGUACCAAGGCUUUUUAUCCUUUGUUUAG